GGGGGGGGGGGGGGCUACGGUCUCUAUAAAGUACGAUGAGUUAAUGUUAAAUUAUGGUUAUUUCACGUUAAAUCAUAAAUGAAGAAUAAUCAACAGGUUUAUAUGAUACAAUAAAAGUUCAAAAUUCAUUAAAAUCACUGUAUAUCGACUAAUGAUAAAAUGCCCCAUCCUCUGCAGAAUGGCCAACUAAAAUCUUCGUUAGUCGAAUAACCUCGCAAUAAAUUUAAUUCAAAAAUAUAAUUUGAUUUGCAAAUAAAAUUAACAUUAUAUGAUAACCAGUACGGCUUAGCGACAUGUCAUUAAAAGAAAUGAUAAUUCCGAAGUUAUUGCGAUGGAAAAAAUACCAAUGUACUUCUUAUUUAGCAACAUGGUCAACUAUGGCUUAUCAUCAUCAUCGUCACCAUCAUCUGGUACGGGAUGAAGGCGCGAGCCUGAACUCCCUGUUGCUUCUUGUAGGGUUAAUAUUGCGUUAUCCGUUAUUAUUUGGUAGUUCGAAUUCAAAAAGCGAUGCAGUGACAAAACUAAAAAAAAAUGAUGUUCUACCAUGGGUUACAUGAUCAGUUGAAGGAAUCAGCCUAUACUGAUUUUUAAUGCCUGCAGCAUCACACUUUGUUUCCCUAUCAACCCAUACUCCAUCCCUCUCCUGCUGUUUUUUUUUUCUUUUUCUCCAAUGUUUUCCCCCAUUUUUUUUUAAUUCUUUACAUUUUUUUCCAAAAAGAACAGCCUUAUAUCCUUGCAACAAUUUAGUUACAAUGAACACAAUGCAUGUCAAUGACAUUAUGAUGGUUUUGAGAAAUGAUGUCAUUGCCAGUGACAUCAUUAAUAUGGUAAGACCCAUAUUAAAUCUAGGGGAGUUCAAAUUUCAAACGAGAUCAUAAUAAAAAAAUAUACAUAUGACAGACUGAAUAUGCUCGUAAUAUAUUUUUCGUCAGCAGAAAAAUAUGUCAAAAUAGUGAUUUGAUACAAAAAAAAGGAUACCAUAUUAUAGAUACGAUGUGGAAAACACUUGGUAGACUAAAUAAAACCAGAUAAUGUUCCCUCCGAUCUGGCCGACCUUUUAUAAUCCCACUUCAAAUAUUCAGCUGGCCUUGUCCGUCAGAGCUGAUAGCUUAGAGCCUUUUAAUCAAAGUAAAAUUGCUCCGCGGGACUAUAUUUUUGCCUCGCGGAGAGUUUUUGUUUCUUCUACUUCAAAAGCAAUAUCUGUGACACCAAUUUUCGAUGAUAAUGGGCGAUUUGUCCCAAACAAAGCAAAUUCGGGAAAGUAUGUGUUGAGAACCAUUCUUUAAUACUUAUUUCCAGUUAAGACCUUGUGUAAAAUUAAUUUACUGAGGUAAAAUAUUGCAGAGUAAAAUUAUAGAUCAACUUAAGUGGCGUUCCCCUUGCACUGAUAUAAUUUUCUGCCAAAACUUGCACCAAAUUGGAUUUCAUUAUAUUUCAGACAUUUUCCAGUCAACAAAUACCAAUGUGUCUAGUAAGGAGAUCGAUAAUCCCUAUGAUAAGAGUGAAAAAUCAGAAAAAAUACAACUCCCCAAAAGAGCUGAAAACCGAGACUACGAUGUUACACUCGAAUGGUUUUAGUUCGAACAGAGAAUACCUACGCGGAGGCAAGCACUCUGGAGCGGUGAUAUUCAUAUCGGCGGAGAAGCUCGGAGAGCCCUUUUCUUCUACUUUUUGGAUGCAUCUCAGAAAAAGCGGUAUAAGGACACUUAAAACAUUCGAGAAAAGGGGCAUCAUUGUAGUUUUUAUUUCGGGAAAAGUGUCUAGGAAGUGAAUGAUUUAUGAAAUAUAAUUCGCUUUGGAAGUAGUGAGUGCCAGGAGAGGAGGGGGUAAGCAAAGGCGAUUGGAUAGCAGUUGAUUUUAGGCUCUUUUGGAAGCGAGAAGGGGCAAAAUGACAGGACGACGGAGGAGGAGAGGGGAGGAGACCCCUUCCUGGAUACCAGGACUGGUCCAGAUCCUUGUUAUCAUUUGGUUUGGUUCUUUGGUGUGUGAUGCAGCAACAGUUGGAAUAAGUGCCAUGUUUGGAGAGGAUACCGGGUAUGCUAAUAAUUACCGGACCGUGAUCAACGAUGGCGUUCUCUAUGUGAAUCGAAACCAGACAUUCCUCGGUGGUAUUCAUACCCUGGAGUUCAUUGAUAAAGAUAAUAUCAUCCCCAGCAACACAUCAUACGAUGGGUUAGUGGACGCCUGUCAGCAUAUAGCGACGGAGCAGAUCUCGGCACUGAUCCUCCCAGCCGACCGGUGCACAGACCACGACGACAUCGCCGGCGUGGUCAGCCACGGCUCCAACCCUGUCUUUUCCAUCGACCAGGGCAAUUUCGGGUCCGGGUCCAAGGCUUUUAAAAUGUACCCUACCCCCGAGGACAUGACUGAAUUCUAUGUCGACAUCAUGACGUAUUUCUCGUGGAGGGCUUUCGUCUUAUUAUACGAUGACAGUAGUGCCUUUGCCAACAUGGAAGGCCUUCUGGAAUAUGCGUCAUCGCAAGAGUGGAACGUAACGGCCGUGGUCCUGGAUGAGGACGACUUCGAGAACAACGUCCCAACCAUCGAGGAUGAGAAGACCACGAAUAUCUUCCUCAUCUGUACUUCGGAGGCAACACUAAGGAGGACCCUUGAUAGGGCCAUUGACCUCCGAAUAUUAGGACCGAAAUACACGUGGAUGAUCGGCAACCUGGACUUGGCCAUGGACCGGACAUUCAUGGAAACUUUAGAAGACACCAACGCUUACAUCACUCGCUUCAGCAUGAACUACACCCGUGACUGGCAGUACGCCCUCCCGACCACCGGUUCAUCACAGUUCACCGAGUGGGAAUUCCGUGAACGAAACGCCUACGAUGCCGCCAUCGCCAUCGGGCACGCGCUCAGGAAGUACCGUUUGAAGAGAGAAGCCGACGGGGUUGUCGGUACCUCGGUGUUGCCCGGAGAUACCCCCAUGCCCGCGUGUCCCUCUUCGCCGACAAUUGUCGCCACCAACGUGCUCACAAGAUACUUAAAAAAUAUAAGUUUUGAAGGCAUAACGGGAAAUGUCGCUUUCAACGAUAACGGAGAUCGCACCAAUUACACAAUUACUAUAUACAGCGGGCAAGGAGAAUCGGUCCAUCAAAUACGUGGCAUCUGGACCCAGAAUGUCAAACAUUGGGAAGACACUUGGAAGAGAGAAUGGCAAAGCGAGGGUAGACUCAACGUCACCAAUUACAAUUAUGGAAAUGAUAGACGUAUUAAGAUCGUGACAAUAGAGGCGGAACCGUUCCUCUUCAAGCGUGAAAACUACCUGGAGCUCCGUCGCCAGGAAAACAGCCUCUACGCUGGCCGACGAAAGCGGCAGAUCCAGACAGGUCCCUAUACCGGCAACGACCGUUACGACGGCUACAUCAUGGACCUACUCAGCAGGAUCAAAGCUUACAUGCGCGGAAUCGACUUCGAAUACGAGGUGGAGCUCGUCCCUGAUGGCAAGUACGGUCAUAAGAGCAAGUAUAGCAAGAAGUGGGACGGCAUGAUUGGAGAGGUGUUACGAAAGAAAGCGGACAUCGCUGCUGCUCCCAUCACCAUCACCAAAGAGCGCCUCAAAGAUGUCGAGUUCACAGAUUCCUUCAUGAGUGGAGGCAUCAAACUUCUCCUCAAGAAUCCUUAUUACAUCAACCACAAUCCAUUCCGUUUCCUUCAUCCCUUCGGCAUCGAAGUCUGGUUUGUCAACAUUGGAACAUUCCUCAUUGUUGCUGGUCUUCUGUGUCUCAUUAACUACUUUGAUCCGUACGAGUGGAAAGCCGCAGCCGAGCGUGGGGAGACAUUUGAAGAGAAUGGCCGCAACUUCUGUUGGAAGAACUCGCUUUGGUACUGCACAACUACGCUAUUCCUCCAAGGAUACGAUCGCGCUCCUCGCUCCAACGCUGGACAUACGCUCACGGCCUUUUGGUGGGUGUUCGUGUUGGUCAUGGUGUUCGUCUAUCUGUUCAAUCUCCCUGGAAAGCUCAACACCAACAAACGACUCACCUACAUCAAGAACCCCGAUGACCUGACCAACCAAGCUGAUGUGAAUAUUGGUACGGUGUACGAUGGCUCUAUCCAUUGGUAUCUCUUCAAAUCUGGAAUCCCAGCCUACAGCCGCAUCUGGCACCGGAUGUACCAUAAUCCCGCGAAGGUGUACGUCGAAAACACCACAGUUGGUAUCCAGAGGGUACGAGAUAGCAACGGCAAAUAUGCUUUCCUUGGAGAAUCCGGUGAGCUGGAUUACGCCGCCAGUCUGCGCCCGUGUGAUCUAAUCGUAAGCGGUGGGUACGUGGAUCGUAGCACCUACGCCAUGGUCGUCUCAAAGGGGUCACCGCUCGGCGACCACCUGUCAUAUGCCAUAGAGACCCUCAGAGAUACUGGUGUCCUGGAAGAUCUUCAGAGAGAAUGGUGGGGCUUGGACAGAAACUAUUGGCAACGCUGCAGGAAUCUCACCCGCUACGAACGACAGGGUAUUUUCUCCUUCACCGUCAGUGAUAUGGAAGGCGUCUACUUCUUCCUCUUGCUCGGGUUCGCCAUCAGCAUCCUUGUGUUCGUUCUCGAGAUCAUGGUGUAUGGUUGCAAAGGAAGAGAGAAAACCUCAGGACAAUCCGGCGGUGGCGGCGGUCGUCAGCUGAACGGCACUGGGAGGGGAGGGAUUGGAUCCAGCAAGUCUGGUGGUAAAAAGUCUGCAUCCGGUGGUGGUGGUGGUGGUGGUGCAGGAGGAGGUGGCGGAGGAAAUGAUCCCAACUUAUGGAUCUAACAUUCAUCUAAAUCCUCCCAAGAAACUUUCGAAUCAAUCACUCUUUGUAAAGUCCUCAGGACGGAGACGAGCUAUUCCUUUAUGACGUCCCUUUUCUCUUUACAUGAUAAAUUUUCAGUGCAUUUUCUUAUGUAACAGUGCAUGUGUUAUGAUAAAUCACGAGCGGGAACUGUUUCACCCUUUUCAUAGCAUAUAAACCCUAUCAAGAUUAAACAUAAUUAUUGUUAAUUGUUUUUGUGACAAUACCCGGGAGGGGGAGAUAAGUGAAUAGAGAUCAUAGUGUUCCUCAAAAAUAUCUUUCAAUAUAGCAUUCCUCAAAAGUUGUGUUGUAUAUAAUAUGCCUAAUAUGUUUUAUGGUAAUGCCAUAAAUUAUUAUGAUGAUAUUACUGUAAGAAAAAACGUACUAGAAUUCAUGAUCAUGUUUUAAAUGAAUGUAUAUGUUGCACUCUCUGUUCAGUUUAUUUGUCAUGAAGUAUACGUUCUUUCAAAAGUGACAAUGCGGCUACUUUUCAUAUACAACCUGUUUGAUUUAUCUUGAAUGAUAUUCGUGUUUGAAAGUUUUGUAUAAAAUGAAUUGGAUGUAUGAUAUGAUAUUGCAACUUCAAAAACACACGUUGCUAAGUAUAUUGAAAUAAAGAUGAGAGUGUUUUUUUAAUUGUCAUAAAAUACAUAUGUAUGAAGUAACAAUA